UGACGAUCUGCGCCGAUGAUGUUGGGCUUCGAUUGAAAGCUGUUACUGUUGUUGUCUCGUUGGGGCUCCUGCCAUUACCUCCCUUUUCUCCCGAUAAGCCCCUUCUCUUCACCUCGCUGUUUCGUCGAGGAUCUGCCGUUGAACCACAGCUGACCAGUUGGCCGCCGUCUGCCCGUUGAUGACCAGCACAUGACAUGCGACUACGAACGUCCCUGUAACCGGUGCAUCAAGCGUAAUAUUGGUCACCUCUGUCACGAUGAGAUCCGAGACUCGGACCCAAAGAAGCCCAAGAACGGGACCGGCCAACACCCGUCGUCAACCGCGGACGCCUCCGAAUCCCGAUCCGAGAACGGCCGCUCCUCCAUCGACCGGACUCCCGGCUCCAUGGGGCCCCCGCCGCCCGUGGACACACGGCUAGACCCGAGCCCAGGAACAGAAACAGGAACAGGAACAGGAACAGGAACAGGAACAGGAACAGGAACGGGAACGGGAACGGGAACGGGCGCGAAGCCUGUGUCUUUCGGUGGAGGCGGCCUGCUGGGCCAGGGGAGCCCGCUGCAGCUUGUGUCACCCACGCCCGUGUCCGGCAUGCAAGGAGACGGCAUGCGAAGCGGCGUUAACAUGAACCAAUUUGCCGGAUUCUCUGAUGCCUGGUUGACGGCCCAGAAUCACUUCCAAGACAUGCAAAACUUCAAUCCAAGCUACAUGAUAGCACCCGAGGUUACGAACGAGUUCAACCUACUCCACGAUUUCCUUCGAACGAGCCUUCUCGAUGAUAGCAAUAUCCUCGGCGAAGAACCCCAGACGAGCGCCGCAUUCAACACAUCUGGCCAGGGCCACAACACCAUGUUGUCAGGAUUCCCGGCGGGCAAUCUGCUCCAACUUCAUCAGGCGCAGCAGCAGCAGCAACAACAACAACAGCAGCAGCAGCAGCAUCAUCAUCAUCAUCAUCAUCAUCAGCAACAGCAACAGCAACAGGGCCAGCAACAGCAGCAGCAACAACAGAAACAGCACGAGCAGCGGCAAUCACGUGAACAACACCAGCAAUCGCAACCCGGCCAACCUGGGGCUAUGCUCCCGCCACCCAACAUCGAGCAAGGGAAGGCCAUCCCGCGACCGGCCAGCGUCGUCCAGUCCGACAAGGACAAGGCGCGCGAAUACUACCUCCAAGCCGCCGACCCGUCGGGCAACGACACGCCCGAAGAGCGCAUGCAGCGCGUCCUCAAGGCGAAGUACGAGGCCGGGCUGCUGAAGCCGUUCAACUACGUCAAGGGGUACGUGCGGCUGGGCAAGUACCUGGACUCGCACGUCGCCGCCGAAUCGAAGCACAAGAUCCUGAGGACCAUUGACCGGUUCCGGCCCAAGUUUCGCGAGAAGGCCCAGACGCUGACGGAUAUGGAGCUGCUCUAUGUGGAGAUGUGGUUCGAGAAGCAGCUGAUGGAGUACGACCGCGUGUUUGCCAGUAUGGCGGUCCCGGCCUGCUGCUGGAGGAGGACGGGGGAGAUUUUCAGGGGCAACAAGGAGAUGGCCGAGUUGAUCCAUGUCCCGGUGGAAAACUUGCGAGACGGCCGAAUUUCGCUCCAUGAUAUCCUCACGGAAGAAUCCCUCGUCAGAUACUGGGAGGAGUUUGGAACCAUUGCCUUCGACCCGACCCACGACACCCUCCUGACGGCUUGUACGCUGAAGAAGCCAGACGACAAGGCUACGGAUCCGGGCGUGCGUUGCUGUUUUUCCUUUAUGAUCCGGAGAGACGAUCACAAACUUCCAACAUUGAUUGUGGGCAACUUCUUACCGAAUGAUCCGGUCAAGAGUUGAAGAGAAUCCUCUUGAGCG